UGGUGUGCGCCAAGACACCAUGGUUUGUUUUUAACGCGGUAUUAGUUAUUCAACGUUGCCAUGACAUCGCCUACAAGUGUGAUCGGUGAGAAACAGUUCUAGCCCAUAUUGUACUGUCUUUGGUGGCACAAUUUCACAUGACGUCACAUCCGGUUGAUAUAAUCGUUAUCACACGACGUCCGGGAGUGGUCAAAAUAUCCGCAUUUGCGGCAGGAAGUUCUGGUGUUGGUGGAGGCAGUUUCCAUUAGUCUAGUAGCUGUGGACAGUGUCCAAAUCCAAAGAUGGCUACUGGAAAAAGUAAGAACCAGAGCUCUCUGGUGCUGCACAAGGUGAUCAUGGUGGGAAGUGGCGGUGUUGGGAAGUCAGCCCUCACUCUGCAGUUCAUGUAUGAUGAGUUUGUGGAGGAUUACGAGCCCACCAAGGCAGACAGCUACAGGAAGAAGGUGGUGCUGGAUGGACAGGAGGUCCAGAUUGACAUCCUGGACACAGCUGGACAGGAGGACUAUGCUGCCAUCAGAGACAACUACUUCAGGAGCGGAGAGGGCUUCCUGCUAGUCUUCUCCAUCACCGAACACGAGUCGUUCACUGCCGCCUCAGAGUUCAGGGAGCAGAUUAUGCGGGUGAAAGCAGAGAACGAUACCAUCCCUCUGUUGGUGGUGGGAAACAAGUCGGAUCUGGAGGACCGCAGGCAGGUGUCGUUGGAGGAGGUCAGGGCCAAGGCAGAGGAGUGGGGGGUGCAGUACGUGGAGACCUCAGCCAAGACACGAGCCAAUGUCGACAAGGUGCUCUUUGAUCUUAUGAGGGAGGUGCGAAAAAAGAAAAUGUCAGAGAGCAAGGAUAAGGGUGGAAAAGAAGGCAAGAUCAAGAAGGCUUUCAAAUGUUGUCUGCUUUGAUCUAGACCAGACCUUUCAGUCAGACACACAGAGCCAAACCAGACCAGAGCCUCCGCAGCACAGUGGCAUUAGACAGGGACAAGUUCAUUAGGACAUACUGCACCUUUGGAGCAUUUUCUUGCCUACUGAACACAAACCAGAUCUACAGAUCCUUCCCACAAACCAGAUCUACAGAUCCUUCCCACUGAACUGAGCCUUCUGCCAUUUUUAACACACGCAUAUCAAAUCCAUAUACAGUACCUCUCACAUUGUGGCAGUCAGAGGGGUGGUCUAACCUAGUUAUGCAAACCAUCCUUUGUGCCGCUGUUGGGGACGGGUCCAGAGGGGACUGUAUAGAUGAAGUGCCUCAACAUUGAUUGUGAAUAUAUAGGUUAUGAUCGCAGACAAUCACUCACUCGCACACUACUUAAAUAUGGCCUUGGUUUGAUGCUCACUUGUAGGAAUAGGUAGCCUCAUCACCAAGAGAAAUUGGCUAUGCUGUUUGAUGUCUUACUGUUUGCACUGCAAUCAAUUUUAUAUUCCUACUACCACUACUACACCAUUUUUAAAAAACGUAUUUAUUUAUUUAUGGUCCACCGCAUGAAAAUCAGUCAUAAUUAAGUCACCUUAUUCAUAAUCCAACAUAUUGUCCACAUGUACAAUCCAACAUGUACUAUAUCCACAUCAUAUAUAUAUAAUACCAGUCAAAAGCUUGGACACACCUACUCAUUCAAGGGUUUUUCUUUAUUUUACUAUUUUCUACAUUG